AUCUCCAGACAGUUUCGUUCGCAUGCGAUUCAGUAAAACGUUGCAACUCGAAACAAACGGAUAUAUUUAUUUAAAGUAAAAAUAUUUGUAAUUAAAUAAUCAACAAUAUGGCUAUUUCUCUUACUACUGAGGAUAAAUUGGCAUACAAAUUUUAUCCAGCAUCUGGAAGACAGUUGCAAUUUCGUGUGAAGGCACCAAAUGAUGCUCACAUUGCAUUGACAACUGGUCCCUCUGAUGACCAACCAAUCUACGAGGUCUUUAUUGGCGGAUGGGGAAAUAGUAAAUCAGUCAUUCGUAAAAAUAAAACUCAACCAGAAGUUUCUCAAGAAGAGACUCCAGCAAUUCUCAGUAAUGAUGAGCUUCGAGGUUUUUGGAUAAGAUGGGGUGAUGGACAAAUUAGUGUUGGAAAAGAAGGUGAACCAUCAGCAAUAUUGAGUUACUUUGAUCCUGAACCAUUCGAAAUAAAUUACUUUGGAGUUUGCACAGCAUGGGGUGCACAAGGCGAAUGGCUUCUAGAAGAAAUUUGCAUUGGGAAUUAUGAUGGUCAUUCAAAUGCAAAUGCAUCAGCACCAUCAGCACCAGCUGAAUUAUUAUCAGGUGGUUCAGUUUGUUGGUGUGAUGCAUCAGGAGGUAGUAUUCCACCAGGUGCUCUUGAGGGUGGUGACGAUGGUGAGCCACUUUAUGUUGCUCGUGCAAAUCAUGAGGGUGCUGUUAUUCCUGGUAAACUCAAACCAAGUCAUGGUGUUUGUUACAUAGCUUGGGGAGGUGAAGAACAUGGAAAAGCUGAUUAUCAGGUUCUUUGUGGUUGUACUGGUAAUUGGGUUGCUGCAAGUGGUGGUGAUGUUCCAUCAAAUGCCAUACCAGCUGGUGAGACUGAAGAUGGUGAGCCAUUAUUUGUUGGAAGAGUUAAUCAUGAAGGUACAAUGACUAUUGGAAAAGUACAAGCAUCACACAGUGUAUGUUACAUACCAUUUGCUGGAUCUGAAGUUCCAUUUGCUGAAUAUGAAAUUCUUGUUGGCAAUUAAGAUCUUUGUUAAACAAUGCUGAGAUGAAAUAAUUUUGAUAAUAUAUUUCAAAUCUCAUAAUUAUUAUUGCUUGCAAAGCCACUUCAAUGACAACAAAAAUAUAUAAUAAUAUUAGUUUUAAGAAAAAUAUAAUUUAAAGCUUUUUCAGCACAAUAAAAUAUAUAUACAACUAAGCUUCGUUGAAAAAUUUAUAAUAAUAAACAAUGCAGCUGCUUUGGCAAUAUUAUUUUUGAUAGAAUAUACUUGUGUUAAAUUUGUGAUGAAAAAAAAAAUAAAUAAAGAGAAAAUAAUUAUUAAAUAAAAAUAUAUUCAUGAAUGAAAAUAAAAUUCAGUGUUAUUUUUAAUAACAUUUACUACAUUUGUUUAUGCAAUUUAUUUUUAGUUAAAAUACAAGUAGUGAGUAAAAA